UCUGUUUGUUGAGCGACUCCUCAUAGCUUCUCUCCCUCAGUGAACCUUCCUCGAGCUUCCUUCGCUUCGCAUGACAAGUUGAUCCACAGGUGUUUGGAAGUCUCACAGUCGGCUGCGGACCGUUACGCGCAGCCUCGUUACGCAGCAUGCUCCGCGCCACGGUGAUGCCCUGCAACAACACGGACGUCGUCUGCUCGGAAGGCUUCAACCUCACGCAGAAGCUGGACGGCGCCGGAAAUGCCAGCAGUAAUGACAGUGACCCGUUCGGGCGCAAUGAGGAGGUGGCCAAACUGGAGAUCACCGUCCUGAGUUUGGCCUUCGUGGCCGCCGUGGUCGGGAACGUGAGCGUCCUGCUGGCCGUGUACCGGACCCGGAGGAAGCUGUCCCGAAUGCACCUGUUCAUGAAGCACCUGAGUCUUGCCGACCUCGUGGUCGCCGUCUUCCAGGUGCUCCCUCAGCUCUGUUGGAAAGUCACCUUCCGCUUCUACGGACCGGACUUUCUGUGCAGGAUCGUCAAGCACCUUCAGGUUCUGGGAAUGUUUGCCUCCGCCUAUAUGAUGGUGAUGAUGACCGUGGACCGGUACAUCGCCAUCUGCCACCCGCUGCAGACCCUCCAGCAGCCGACGCAGCGCGCGUACUUGAUGAUCGGCUCGACGUGGGCGUGCAGUCUGGUCCUGAGCCUCCCGCAGUACUUCAUCUUCUCCCUCAGCGAGGUUCGACCCGGUUCGGCGGUCUACGACUGCUGGGGCCACUUCGUGGAGCCGUGGGGCGUGCGCGCCUACAUCACCUGGAUCACCACCGGGAUCUUCCUCAUCCCAGUCGCCAUUCUGGUCUUCUGCUACGGGUUCAUCUGCUGGACCAUCUGGAGGAACCUCAAGUUCAAGACCAGGAAAAAAAGCUCGAAUCCCUCCGCGGUGGAGACCGGCAGUCACGGCAUGCUGGCCCGGAGUUCAGUCAGCAGCAUCAGCACCAUCUCCCGGGCCAAAUUACGCACAGUCAAGAUGACCUUCGUGAUCGUUCUGGCUUAUGUGGUCUGCUGGACUCCUUUCUUCACUGUUCAGAUGUGGUCGGUGUGGGACCGAACCUUCUCCUGGCACGACUCUGAGAACGCCGCCGUGACUCUCUCCGCUCUGCUGGCGAGCCUCAACAGCUGCUGCAACCCCUGGAUCUACAUGAUCUUCAGCGGCCACCUCCUCUCUGACUUCGCCAGCAGUCUACCGUGCUGCCACCGGCUCGGGAGCAAGUUCAGCCACCAGGAUUCGGACAGCAGCAUCCGCCGGACGACGCUGCUAUCUCGCCUGCAGGGUCCUCGACUGUCAGAGCCGUUCACCCCCAAAAACAAUCAGGGGAUUCCUUCGUGAGUCUCCCAGCUAUGUGGAAGCUGAUGGAGAAAAACCAUCAUGUUGUGAAGUCAGCCCUGCUUGUUUUCAGAAAGCGCAAGCGCGAGCACUGCAGAGUGCUGAUGAAUGCUUCUAUUCAGUCAUUCAGUGCCAAAACCCCCUCAAGCACUUCACUCACUGUAACUGUGAUUCAUCAAAGUGGCACGGCAUUGCAAAAUCUUACACGCCAGUUUUGUCGUGACGUAUUAGGUACAUUUGGGAAACACUGAAACUUUCUGGUCCAACUUGGCAAGAUGGAAUCUUAAAAUUGCUGCUCGAGUUGAGUCUAGAUUUGGACAACCACGAAGGAACUGGGGAUUUAAAUGCAAUUACAUCAUUUAACAGGUCGGUCUGAAGCACGAGACUUGAACCUGGAACAGGUAUCAGACGAUAUUGAGCUCACUGGUUAGAAGCAAGCAUUUGGUGAAAAAAAAACUCCAUUUUAAAAGACACAGGAUGAACAAUGUAUGUAGUAAUCGAAGAUCCUUUAAACAGAACCUGCCGUUCAACCCUAGUUUAAUUGCUAGACGCUCAUUUUGGCUUUGACUCCACCCUCUCUCUUCUUUCUCCCUGAACCCAAGCCACCCAGUAUUCCUCCCCAUCUGCACUUAACUAUGUUUAUAAAGCUCUAGUGGCCCACAUAACAAGACUUGGAGGUCUGCCUGUAAAAAGCCCUUCCACCAGUCACAUGGCGAGCCCCAUAAUGCACUGCAACAGCUCUGAAUGAAGUCAAAGCUAUUAGAGCCAGUGUAGGAUUCCUGACUAAAAACAGUUAAUUGAGAAACAGGAUACUUUGUUUUUUGUUGAGCAUGAUCUGCAACUGAUCUGCAGUAACAAUUUACCACACUGUUUUCCCCACCAUAAUUCAAUGGCUUGUGAAAAAAAAUGGCUUAUUUUUCUAUCACAAUCUGUAUUUAAAGACAGUGGUAUUCGUAUUUUGUGUGCUAAAUGCUCUUUUUUUCAGGUCAAUGCUUUUGGGAGCUUAAGGGAUGUAUUUUCAUCAGAUAUUUUUGAGUAGAAGGGCAUUCAUUUCAAUCUGCCACACAUCUUGUGCUGACAAAAAUUCUAAUUUUCUAUGGUACUACUUGGUGACAUCAUGCACUUCCUUGAAGAUCUAACUUUUUUGUGAGGUAUUUUUCUGAUCCAACCCAUUGUGGAAGUUUCACCAGAAAUGAAAAGCUGCAGAAAAGGUUUGAUUUACGCAUCAGCAGAUGAGGCAGUUCCUUUCUUUAAUGUCAUUGUACAUUAAAACAGGAAUCGAAGAAGUCAACCAAUAUUAAUCCAAAAAGUAUCCUAAUGUGUUGAACAUGUGUUGAAUUAACCUGUUCACCUGUACUGUCUUCACAUUCAUUAAUAUGCUAUAUACUACUUUAUAUAAUUAUCACUUCAUUUACUGUGACUUGUACAUAUAAAUAUCAUAGAUAUAAUAUACAACAAACACUUCAAAUAUUUCAUCAAGAUAUUUAUGACACCAUCUGGCUCACCGUCACAUAAAGCUAUUUUGAAGAGCUUGCUUUAUUUUUGAUGAUAUUAUGGUGAACACUUUAGCAUGUUGUAAUCUGCAGUGCACUUGUCUGUAAUUGUUUUUACUGAGUGAUAAAACUGUACUAUAGUGUAAGAAAGUACAUGGCGUUUAUAUAUUGGCACCUUAAAUGAUCUGUUGUUGCAUGUAAAUAUGUAUGUUCUCUUGCUGUUACCAUCAUGUGUCUGUUAUGACACACAACUGUCG